AUGGCAGAUAAUUCGAAAUUACAAACCCACCUUGAAAUCAAGCAACAAUGUGCUCCAAUGGCGUCGACAUUCUCCACUGAGAUGAUGGCCGACGAACUACUCAAAGAUGAUAGAGUUCCAUUCCCCUUCUUUAGGCCCUUGUCUCAGAAGAGAGCAAACACAUGGAUCAUUUCUCUCUUUGUGAUCCUUCACUUAGGCGCUUUCACUGUUACAAUGAUUGUUAACGACUGCUGGGAGAAUUCUCAUGGAGAUUGUGCUCUAAAACCUCUCCGUAGGUUCUCUUUUCAGCCUCUUUCCGAGAAUCCUCUGCUCGGUCCUUCUGCUUCUACGUUGGAAGAAAUUGGAGCACUUCAGAAGACAUUGUUGACUAAUAAUCAACAACUGUGGCGUAUCUUCACAAGCCCAUGGUUACAUGCAGGGCUUUUCCAUCUGAUCAUUAACUUGUCCUCAGUAAUCUUUGUGGGACUUCACUUAGAGCAAGAAUUUGGAUCAUUUAGGAUUGGAGUUAUCUACAUACUCUCAGCUAUUACUGGUAGUCUAGUUGCUUCACUUUUCGUUCAAGAUCGGCCAUCAGUUUGUUCCUCUGGUGCAUUGGUUGGAUUGCUUGGUACACUGCUCUCUGGCCUCAUCAGGAAUUGGAAAUCUUAUACCAAUAAGUUUUCUGGGCUUGUGGCUACCAUGACAAUCUUGAUGACUAAUCUUGUCCUCGGACUGAUACCUUACAUCAAUAAUUUUGCGAAUAUCGGAGGAUUUAUGUCAGGAUUCCUUCUGGGGUUUGUGCUCUUGUUCAAGCCUCAACAAGAGAAACUAGCUCGAAAUAAGGGAGGCUUAUUUGAAUUUGAUGCCAAGGAUAUUGUCAAAUGUAGGAAGAGUUUGGACAAGCCUGUUCAGAGGGUUGCUGCUCUUGUUAUUUUUGCUUUUUUGCUUGCAGGAAUUAUAAUGGCAGUUCUGCAUGGCAUUGACAUAAACAAGUAUUGUAGCUGGUGUCACUACUUUGAUUGCAUUCCAUCCAAAUGGUGGAGCUGCACUGACAAGCCAUUUCAUUGUGAGAAGUUGGUCUACUCGGAACAUCUGACUUUGAGUUGUCCAAAUACUGGUAGAUUCAGAGUUUUCCCUUUCGCCAACAUUUCAGAGGCAAGGUUUCAGGACAUAUGCAAUCUGAUAUGCUCCUAGAAGGUCAUGGUUGAGUUCUGGUGACUAAUUUUUCGCAGGAUAUAUACUU